ACCUGUUUCUACAAAAUUUCAAAAAUUCUAGAUUUUUCAGGGAUUAUAUGAUGACGAAAAUCAUUGCUCCAUUUGUUUUAAAAAAUGAUAGCUCUCGAACUAACAGAGAAUGAGCCUUUGGGAGCUUUAAUAGAAGACAUGAAGGUACCCACAAGAAAUUGUUUCUAUUAAAAAAAAACCUGUUUCUACAAUUUUUUAAACCUAUGCCUGCUUUGCUACACACGACUAGCACAAGGUUUUACACCAGAGUAAUACCAGGACGGUAUUGUUCGAUGGUGGCCUAUCUAGUGUCCGAUUUUGGGCUGGAAGGACCCAGACCUAACCGCGAUUCGCGGAGAUGCGUAAUCAGCGCGCGAACGGGAACGCGAACGCGGUGACCUGCAGAAAUUGAAAAGCCGCGAGUCGAUCUAAAAACGGACGCAGCACGCGCGCAAGGACAAGGGAUUAUUCCGUGCCGCUAUGCGCCGUGAGAGAGCCGGCGGGUUUCCAAGGACGUCGAACAUCCCGUCUUUUGUCGAACAGGCGAAGAAAGAGAGAGGUGGAAAAGAAGUAAAAAAGAAAAAAAAAGAAAGAAAAAGAGAAAAGAGAAAAAAAAAGAAACGGCGACCGAAGUGGAAGAAAAAGGAGAAGAAAAAUAUAUUGGAAGGAGACGAGAUGCAAAUGUAUUCGCUUCACGGCGAAGUGAAACGGGCGAAAGUGUGCAGAAGGUCAGUCUCCGUCAGCGACAGGUGAUUACAUAUACGCACGGGACGCCGGAAUUCAAGGUGGAGGUGAAUUACCUGGCAGGGAUUUGAGGUUAGGUCGCUACAUUCUCGAGUGACCCUGACUCGAGGUCCCCGCGUAUCCUUCUUCGUUCGGGUAUCCUUGAUCGAUGGUGCGCGUGUUAACCGAGACGCGUGCGCCGGCUCGCGCGAAUUUCACGUGCCAGCCAUAAUGCUCGAUAGGCUCGAUUAACCGAGUUUUCGGACGGGCCGGUGAUCGAUGGACGUUCGUGCCUGCACGAGAACCCGACGAGUUCGUUGCCACCGCGAAGAUGCGUUUUUUAACUCGCGUGGACGCAACUAAUACUCGGCUAUUUGCAUUCACCGCAGAUUCCGUUCCGUCCUCGACGAACAGGAUGGAAAUUGCAACAAUGUCGGGGAAUUCAAUAGAGAGGCUUCGUAUAGAAUGCAAAAAAAAAAUUCACCAAGAGGGACUAUUGUACUUCGCUUCAACCUUUGCAUUUCAAUCGGCAACUAUGUUCCCGAGCUGGCGUCUACGCUGAUCUUUACAGUCUCGCAUCUAAUUGAAGCUCGGGUACCUCGGGGUUGCUAAGCCCGUACUGUACCUUCAAAAAACUCCGCUACAACCCCUGAGAGCUUCGCAAUCGCGUCAUCUUCUGUUUCUAUUUUUGUAUUUUUUAUAUUGACGACUAAUAGACCUACACAGGUUUAAAGUCCGUAUCUGUUUAUUUUUGUUAAUAAACGCCAAACAAACAACAUCUUUUGUUUCAUUUUUUCUUUUACUUAUUCAAAUACUCGAUCGAUCCCAAAUCCUACACGUAUGGUUCUGUCGAAGCGAUGCUCGAUAUAAAUUCUCUGCGUAGACAAUCACGUACAAUCUUUAAAUUAAACGCGGGAAAUGCAUAUCGUAUUAAAUAUCAAAAGUGUCGACGAAGUCUGUCAGUCAUUUCUGCGUGAUCCAAUUAAGGAAACACAAAGGUCCACGUCGUCCAUCGUCGUGGACUGUUUCGAUUCGUCUAAACGAUCGCUCGAACUGCGUUGUUUGCGCGCGGCCAAUCUCCGCGGAGUCUGCGGCCACGUGCUCGCGAAGUUAACUUAAUUACAGCCAAUUAAGCGUCAAUUAACCGAGUGGCACACGCUUCUCGUACGGCGUACGUAGAACGUUAGGACAUUUACAGUGGCGCUUGGCCGUUUGUCAAAUUAAUGACGCAGGGACGCGUCCCUAUCCUCGGCGCGCUUCCCUCUGCUCACCAGGAAGCACCGUAGUUCCAAUGACGAUCGCGUUCGCGCUUCCUUUUUGCAUCGACCUACUGAGAAAUCACCGACGCUCUCGAGAUGAGAGGUCGCCGCGAUAAUUAAUCAUUCGUCCCCGAACCGGGGGCAAAAAACGGACAGCCAUGACGCGGACAGGGUACGAAUGCCGACAACGAAAACAUUGACACGCGGUGGUAAGUGCCACGUAUCGCGAGCAUCGCGAUGAAAAAAGGUGAACACGCUCGUUAAAAAAGGUGACGAAUGUCGGUUCGUGCGUGUCCAAUUUAAAUACUCGGAAAACGUUGAUACUUGAAAAAUCGUAGAGAUCAGUCUCGUAAGUAUUCGUACUCUGUAUCUAUUCAACAAAUUUCUCUAAAAAAGCACAUUUAAAAACGAAGUCUAACUUGUUCUAGGUUUUUGUUUGUUUAAAUUUUGAACUUUUUCUUGGUUCGGUACAAAAAUCAGCAAAAAUUACGCAACAUACACCAUGCAUAUGUUAUGCAUGUUUUCUCUAUUCCAUGUUCUAAAUCGACAGACUCGAAAAAAACCAGUACAAAAAUCUGCAAAAAAUUAUGCAACAUACAUCGUGUAUAUGUUAUGAAUGUUUUCUCUAUUCUAUAUCGUAAAUCGACAGUCUCGAAAACAACCAGUACAAAAAUCUGCAAAAAAUUAUGCAACAUACACCAUGCAUAUGUUAUGCAUGUUUUCUCUAUUCCAUAUUCUAAAUCGACAGUCUCGAAAAAAACCAGUACAAAAAUCUGCAAAAAAUUAUGCAACAUACAUCAUGCAUAUGUUAUGCAUGUUUUCUCUAUUCCAUAUUCUAAAUCGACAGUCUCGAAAAAAACCAGUACAAAUAUAUGCAAAAAAUUAUGCAACAUACAUCAUGCAUAUGUUAUGAAUGUUUUCUCUAUUCCAUAUUCUAAACCGACAGUCUCGAAAAAAACCAGUACAAAAAUCUGCAAAAAAUUAUGCAACAUACAUCCUGCAUAUGUUAUGCAUGUUUUCUCUAUUCCAUAUUCUAAAUCGACAGUCUCGAAAAAAACCAGUACAAAAAUCUGCAAAAAAUUAUGCAACAUACACCAUGCAUAUGUUAUGCAUGUUUUCUCUAUUCCAUAUUCUAAAUCGACAAUCUCGAAAAAAACCGGUACAAAAAUCUGCAAACAAUUAUGCAACAUACAUCAUGCAUAUGUUAUGAAUGUUUUCUCUAUUCCAUAUUCUAAAUCGACAAUCUCGAAAACAACCAGUACAAAAAUCUGCAAAAAAUUGUGCAACAUACACCAUGCAUAUGUUAUGCAUGUUUUCUCUAUUCCAUAUUCUAAAUCGACAGUCUCGAAAAAAACCAGUACAAAAAUCUGCAAAAAAUUAUGCAACAUACAUCAUGCAUAUGUUAUGCAUGUUUUCUCUACUCCAUAUUCUAAAUCGACAGUCUCGAAAAAAACCAGUACAAAAAUCUGCAAAAAAUCUGCAAAAAAUUAUGCAACAUACAUCAUGUAUAUGUUAUGAAUGUUUUCUCUAUUCUAUAUCGUAAAUCGACAGUCUCUAAAAAACCAUAACCACUGAUUAUGCUUUUUCCCCGAACCUCCCAUUUAUGGCACCUAGCAGUCUCCCAUUUGUAUUCCAGAAGGAAGACACCCGGAGAAUUUUCUAACCGGUCUUCUACAUUUUUGGAAAAACCAAUAAAAAUAUUUUCCGAUGAACGACAGCCGAGAAAAGCGACGGGCAGCGUUUCCUCCGCCGCGGAACAAUUUUUUCGCCCGACAUCUCGAUCGCAAUAAGACGCAACAAAUACGAGGAAUACCAU